UGGGAUCGGAAAUGUUGAAACAUCCUCUUUGAAUUGAUAAUGUUUCUCAUUUAGAGCAACCUUUCAACAAUACAGAAAAAUCAGAGGAGCCUAUUUUCCAUACAUCGAGGCAAACUUCCUUUGAACCAAUCUUUUGGAUUGCUGUUUUAAGAAUUGGCGCAAUCGUUUUUAACUCACAUGAGCUCCACUCUCAAUCCCUAUCUCAGUUCAGUUCUAGUUUAGAUAUAUUGGUAAAGAACUGAUGUUCGAGAAAGCGUGAAACUUCGCCUAUAUUUUUGUCACAAUCCUGUAUGGUUAAUCACUUGAGAUCUUUAAUCUCAACAUUGUCUUUGAUGAUCGCAUUCAUAAAUUCUACAUCCUUUGCUAUACUAAGGUCGAUCUUCAAUUCAUCAAGCCUUUUUGAUUUAAGAUCACACUUCAUCACUUCUUCGUAUAGUUUCUCUAAUUCUCUGCCUUCAUAUAUUUCCUUUAAAUAUUCUUCUGUGGCUUUCUUAUCCUCUUCCAUAAUCUGAGGUUCUUCUGGGUUAACGAUUUCUUCUCCUAAUUCUAGUUCUUUAAGUUUAUGGACUUUAUGUGUAGUAUUAAAAUUCAUCAUAAAACUACAAUAGCUGGCAUAAACUUCAUUUUUCAGAACUCUUUCUGAGAGUUCAAGUAUGGAUUUGAGCAAAUCCCCAUAUUCCAAAAAUCUGUCAUGCCUUAUUGAGUUUUCAAGUUGCUCUCUCAUUUGGAUGAUCUUAGAAUGAUAUUCUGGAAUAAACUCAUCGAUUCCAUCUAUAUGCAUCUGAAUUUUUAGCUUCUGACUGUCUUCUUUCAUAAUAUCGAGCAUUUUUAGGAGGUGAGUGAUGUUGUCAUCUAUUCUGGCUGGAAUAAUAAUCUCUUCAACUUCUCACUCUCUGUGGUACUUGUCUUUGCAGCCAUAACACAGAAUGGCUUUGUGGUGGCGGCAGAACACUUUCCUUUCGGAUUUGCACAGUUCGGUAAAUCAAGUUUUCA